AUGUCAGAUUUGCUAACUUUCUAUGAUUUUAGAGUUCUUAUACCUAUUGGAAUAGCUGCUUCUGUGGCUUAUCUUGGAAUCUAUAUAUGGAAAUAUUUAAUCGUUUGGCCGAUAAAGACAUUCUUAAGCUUGAGGUUUGUUAUACUGUUUUUCAAAGCAAUUGUAAAUCCAUUCAAAAUCAAACAAUACCCACCACCAUAUAAGCCAAAUAAGAAACGCAAUUCGAAUAAAAAAACUAAAGCCAAUGGUACAAAUGAAGUUCAAGGUAAAAUUGUCAAAAGAUCUCAAGUGGAUCAAUAUAUCUUCAAUCAAAGCACACUAAACGCAACAGCAAAUAGUAUUUUUUCACCAGAGUUCCAAUAUUGUGAAGAAUUGACACGAGAUGCUUUGUUUGAGAAGUACCCUGAUCAUGCAAAAAAACGAGAAUUAUGCUCUAUAUGUAUUGAAAACUUACACUCAAAAGACUUGUUGUUGUUGUUACCUUGUGAUCAUGUUUAUCACCGUGAUUGUUUACAUGAUUUUAAAAGAACUUUACAAACAACAAAUUCAAAUCAAGUUGUUAUGGUUAGAUGUCCAACAUGCCAAUUGAAUCUUGUCAGGUUGUAUCAGUAUUAUAUUGAUCAUGGUUUGGAUUUCAAAGAGGUUAAAUUUGACAAUAAAGGCUGA